UUCGGAAAAUACGUCGCGACGCUUGCAUGGAUUUUCGUCGUCGGUAGCGUCCGGCGAAAAGCGUUUUCAGCUCUCUAUACUUUUUUGUAUACAGGAAAAAGGCGCGAUCAUAAUAAUUUUUUUAUUUGUGAUUUUUUUAAAGAAAAAUUAAAAGAGUGGCUUUUUGAAACUUUUUUUGAAAAGUUUUGACUUGUGCUUUCUUCAACAGGAAAAUUAUACAAAAUUGAAAUUUACGAAGUGAAUAGUUGGGGGCACAUGAGCUCGAGCCCCGGAGCAGUUCAGCCCGCCCUCCAUUGGGGAAAUGCGUGAGCUAGACUGCCAACUGAGGAAGUAUUUCCAGAGAGAGAGCUCUUACAUUCAUGUGCACCCUCUGCCUCACUUUGACGAGCUGGAGAAGAGGAUUCCUCUCGCAGCGCAGACGCCCUACUGCGCAGAACUGGAGGAGCUGCAGGAAUUGCUCCACUUCCCCGAAGAAGUUGCUCUACGAUUGGCCGACACCGAAUACCAACUCUUUUAUCAGGUACCGCCUAUCGACUAUCUACGACAGGUGACAACAGAUUUAGGAGGUACCACCGGUACGUCUGAUCCGCCAAUAUCGGGCAACGCGGCAUCAUCGUCUAAAUCGUCAGUCGGUACGCUCAUAAAGCGAUUUAACGAGGUUAGCGCUUGGAUAACUCAACUAAUAAUCUCUCAGCCAACUCACGAUGCCAGACGAGCUGUGGUAUCCUGCGUGCUACGAGUGGCCUUGUCCUCGUGGAACAUCGGAAAUUUCAAUGGAGCAAUGGAAAUUAUCGCCGGUCUCAAAUCGAACAAACUCAAACCCUUUUGGCUCUCGAUCACCGAAAAAGACACUCUGCCCAUCCUCAACUUCCUAUCGGCAGCCCUACUGUCAGCAGAGUAUGAACGAGCCCUUAGCCGAGCUCUCGCGAUGGCCGAGUGUCCAGUGGUACCCUUUUUCGGAGCAUUUUUACGAGAACUCAGAGAAAUAUUGUCCAGCAAUACACCGGAACCCGGAAUGCCUACAGGGAAACCACCCAAAGGACAUAGUCGAGCUGAACAGGCCCAACAAAGACAAGUGUUCAUAUCGGACUAUAACGGAGAGGACCAUCAUUUUACGAAAAUCGGCCCGGGCGGUUUGAUAAAUCUGGAAAAGAUUUACAGAACUCAGGCGGUUAUGGACCACAUUUCAUUAUGCCACCAGCACUACCAUAGCAGAAAUCGCCUCAGUCCAACUAUAAGCCUUAUGGAUUAUUUAAAAUCAUCAACUCCAAAUGAACCCAGAGUACUAUCAGCAACUCCAUCCCAAAACUCCGAAUCAGACAGCGAGUACGACAUUGACGUGGACGAUUAUCAUCCAGUUCAACCUUUAGUGCACGACCACGGAGUCAGUUUCGUUUGCCUAUCAUCACCGCACACAAAAAUCGAUCAACAUGUUAUGCAAAUCCUCCAUCACGGCAGCACAGUAGUACUUUGGGAAGGCCAAGAAAACCAAACGCCAUCUACAAUCAAAGGAACCUUCUUCUAUUUGCGCUUGGAUCGUUCUUCUACGGUACUAACUUGGGUACGACCGAGUUGGUCCGCAUUGAAAGCCGGCAACACCAACGACAGCGAUCCGUUCUCGCAAGAUUUCAAUUUGAGUUUCAAUCCCGAAGACACUUUGGCACCGGGAUUACUGACCAAAUUGGCGUUGCAGUGCAGUGGUGAACAGAGUACCAUGACUACUUUGGACGAUGGGUUUUUGGAUUUGAUGUCAAUAAAAGAAGUCCAUUUGGGCGGUAGAGAUUUGGAUAAGGAUAGUGAGCUGGCCGCAGUUGCCAGACGUUACGGUUUGAAUCACGAACCGGGAAACGAAUGCGCUUUUACUAUUUUGCACGGAAAUGGCCUUAGUGAUAAUAGACUGCUAUAUGUUGUUUGUCCUCCUGCUGAAUGCAGGGUUUGGUACAGCGGAUUGUACUGGUUAAUCCGUGGUAUAUCUAGGCUUAAUUCUCUCUGUGAUAAACGAUUGCUAUGGUUAAGGGAACAAUAUUUGCAGCUGUACCACGAAGACGGGUACUGUUGCGGACCUUUGGCUGCUGAUGCCAUUCGGUCAUUUGGAGGUAGAGACUGGUCGCUUGCAGGAACCAAACCCGGCAGCAACCAAUCAGGCGAAACGUCCGGAUUAAGACGAGAAGUUUCAAUGAAGAUUAAAAAGAAGCAGAUUUUAAGUAAUCAGACUUUUAAAGUUAGUAAAGACAAAAGCUUAAAAUCAUCAUUUAUUGAGCCAGCAACUAUGUGUAUGGAAAGUAGCUAUUGGCGUAAUCCAACUUAUCACAGGCAAUCUACUCCAACAACUUUCGGUGCUGAACACCAGCCAGAUGUCGCUAGGCAUCAUAGUUUAGGUCAGUUGGCUUACGUGUCUUCUAGUCAACCGAAAUUUGACAGGGACAGACAUGGGUCCACUGAACAUUUAUGGCACGGUAGGCAUCCGCGAGUCGGCUCAAUUUUGUAUGAUACUCAGCUAGAUUUUGUAGAUUUUGUAACGUUAUUUCGAUCUUUUAGUUUACUUAUUCGAAAAGAUCUCAGAGAUUUAUUCGAGCAAUUAGCAAUAUCGUAUAGAAGUAUGGCUGUGAAUACUACUAAGAUAAACGGAGUAAAAUCGAAAUCAUCCGAUCACCAUUCAAGAAAACCCACUAAAUUUGGCAUUUUAACAAGAAACAGCAGACAGGAACUGGACGGUCAAGUAGUCAACACUCAAAAGAAAGUUUUCGAUGCUAUCGCAGCGGCCAGUAUUUUCACUAAUUGCGCAGGCAUCGAUACCAAUAACUCUCAAGUUAUAACUUUAUCUACAUUCACCAAAUUUCUAGAGACUAGACAAAUGGAAAUAAGAACUGAAGAGGAAGUUAAAGAUUUGAUCGAUAGGCACGAACCAGAUGCAUCUCUGCGCUCCCAACAUUGUCUUUCGUUCGAAGGUUUCGCCAGAUACCUAAUGGACAAAGACAAUUUCGCGUUUGUCCGAGAAUGCGAAGUGCCUAACGAAGAAGAAAUGAAACGUCCCUUAUCCACCUAUUACAUAUCCUCUUCGCACAACACUUACCUAACCGGCCAUCAGCUCAAAGGCGAAUCCUCUAUAGAACUUUACAGUCAAGUGCUUUUGUCCGGCUGCCGAUGUGUAGAACUCGACUGCUGGGACGGCGAGGACGGUUAUCCUAUGAUUUAUCACGGGCACACUUUUACCACGAAAAUUUCCUUUACGUCAGUUGUAGAGACGAUACAUAAAAAUGCUUUUGUUACUUCACCUUAUCCGGUGAUACUUUCUAUUGAGAAUCAUUGUUCUUUGCCGCAACAAGCUAGGAUGGCUCAUAUUUUUCAGCGAAUUUUCGGUGAUCGUCUAGUGACAAACUUCCUCUUCGAAAGCGACUACAGCGACGAACCCUACCUACCAUCCCCCGAACAACUAAAAAACCGCAUUUUAAUCAAAAACAAAAAACUCUCCAUCGAAAUUCCAGCCCCUUUCAGCACAAUAUCGACUCCGAUCAGACCGAGUAGCGGAUUGCGACACUCGGUACCAGGCAGAACAAGUUCGAUCAUCAGCAAUGCGAGUUCGAGCUCGUUCAAUGACGAUUUCAGUGAUGACGAUUACGACGACGAAGACGAUGAGGAUAAUAUCGACGAGAAAACUAUGCACGCCAUAUUGGCUCCGAAUGAAUCUCCGAGGCCUUACAGUUCACACGCGGUGUCGAAAACUAGUUCUACUAAGCGAUCGUUGCCUACGGAUGAUAAAUUGAGGAAGAAGGGCAGUCAGAUAUCCAAGGAGCUUUCGGAUUUGGUUGUUUAUGUUCAAGCUAUCAAAUUCCGAGGUCUGAAUAACAUAUCGCCGAGCAGUUCGGUAAAACAGAGACCAAAAACAUGCGUAUCAAUAUCCGGUAGCUCAAUCGUCACUACCGGAAGUAGUUCAGCUUCAAACAUAUCAACUUCCGGUAUCGGAACCGAAUCGGACAGCACCCUAUACGAAAACGAGGAAAAGAAACCUCAAAGACCAAACAUCAACUAUCCGUGUUAUCAAUGCUCGUCAAUCAACGAGAACACGGCCAAAAAACUCUGUAGAAAACAACCUUUGGCGCUGGUGGCUCACACGCAGACGCAACUGAUGCGCACUUAUCCGGCCCCGAUGCGCAUAGACUCUAGCAAUUUUAAUCCUGUGAUAUUUUGGUCUUUCGGCAUACAAAUGUCGGCGUUGAAUUAUCAAACCGAAGAUACCGCUUUGCAGUUGAACAACGCCUUAUUUGAAACAAAUGGAAAGUGCGGCUAUGUUACUAAACCAAGAGUGAUGUGGGAUAAGAGUCACGUGAUGUAUAGGAGAUUCAAUCCUUGGGAUAAACAGUUUGAUGGUAUUCAUUCGUCUCAGUUUGUUAUCAGCGUACUUUCUGGACAAUAUGUUUGUCAGAGCAAUGUUACAGUUAAUGUUUAUGUUGAAGUGGAAAUUAUUGGUAUUCAAGUGGAUUGUGCCAAGCAAAGAACCAAAAUUGUACAUAAAAACGCCUUGAAUCCCAUUUGGAAUGAAACUUUCCACUUUCGCGUAAUGUUUCAAGAUUUAGCCUUCCUAAGAUUUUCAGUUAUGGAUUCUACAAACAAUCAUUUACUCUCUCAAAGGAUUGUGCCGUUGCGUUGCCUUAAGCCUGGAUAUAGACAUUUAAGAUUGAAAAGUCCCCAAAACAAAAACCUAAACAUGUCAACUCUUUUUAUUUAUUCAAGAGUAGAAGAAGAAAGUUUGGAAAAUACUGAAAACAGAGAGGAUACUCAAACUGAAAGUGACUCCAAAGAAUCGGAUAGUUUUGUUGCUACAGCUGGCACCCCAAUUUGUGUCAAAAGAAAGAUGUUUUUCCUGAUGGUCUACGGUGUCAUCCCAGAAGAACCUUCUACAAUACUCAAAAUCACUCAAGAAUCUUCUACACAAGAUGUUUUACUGCUUUGCCUACAAAAAGCUAACAUUCCGAUUGAGAAAGUAAACGAUUACAUUUUAGUAGAGGAAGUGGCUAGAGGUUGGGAAAAAAAAGAUCACAACUUACCAGCAACUCAAAGAAUUUUGGAUUUGCACGAGAGACCUUUGCAAGCGCAAAGUCAAUGGAAGGGCGAGGGCAAGUUUAUAUUGAAAAGGAUGGGAAAUGAUCCUAGUAGUAGAGCAUGGUUAACAUCUAUAAGAAGCGUAGCUAAUAGAGCUAGAGAAGCUAGGAAAUCAGAAGGCGCUCCUAGUAAUGCCUGGGAGGAAAAUGACACGUUUUUAGUUUGCAUUUAUAACGUUUCGCCUGAAAUUCCUUACGCCAUCCUCAAGGUUCCUCUCAACGCAUGUGCCCAACACGUUUUAGCCCAAGCGCUGCUCAAAGCGCGCAGGUUAGAAGACCCGAUGAACUUCGUCAUCGUCGAAGAGCUGGAGUGGGGCGGUGCUGCGCACAACAUCCAACAGCGUGCUUUAAGUGAUUACGAAAAUGUUUAUACUGCGCAGUCCUCGUGGCAAACAAUAGGGCGAUUUAUUUUACAGGAAAGGGCAAACGCAACUCCUACUGCCUUGAGGAAAAAUAAAAUCACUUCUAGUUUAAGGCUAGCCACUCUGGAAAGGAUUAGUAGAGGGUUGAGUGUAGCUAGAAACGUAGCCAGUAACAGUAUUAAAGUGCCAGUACAGGUGGCAUUGAGUGACCCCACAGCUACCAAACAGGUCAAAGGUUUGCCUCCGACCCGUUCUAAACUAAACUCGGAACAGAACGCAUCGAGCAGCUCGAAAAAGUCCAGAGAAAUCCAUUCCGAGGGUGAAACAUUGUCCGACGACGAUCAGAACAGGGACGGCGAAAUGUUGUCUGCAGUUUCCAGAUUGAAAAAAGUUUCCAUGAGAAAGUUCAAAGAAUGGAAGUCUUGACUAAGCGCUGAUUAGAUUUAAUUUGUUAAUUUGUUCCUCGAAAAUUUUGUUCUAGAACCAAACUAUUUUCAGUUAAAAAGCUUUAAAAUUCAAACCCCAAAAAAUAUUCGUUAACCGAUUAGUUAAGUUUGUACGUUACCUAUAAAUAUUUAUAUGUAUAAAAUAUAGAGAUACCUAAUAACUUAUUUGAAAUAAAAUAUAUAAUAGGGACUAUUGAAAUAAUUCGCACUUUAUAAUAUAUUGUAUUUUUGAUUAAUAAGGCGUUAAUUGAUAAUUAUGCGGGGCAUUUAAAAAAAAUAUAUAUAUAACGCCGGACGUGAAUGUAGCUGUUUUUAAAGAGUUCAACAUAAAAUUAGAAACAAUUUAUCAUUAAGAAAAAUAAAUAGAGUGUAAGUUUUUAUCCUAUCACCAUAUCUUUAUUGGAGUUUUAAGUGGCGAAACUAUAUAUUUUUGUCAUCAAAAUGAUUAUUGUCAUCGUAAUAGUGAUUUCGAUUAUUUCCUUCCUCUUAUUCUAUAGCUUUAUAUACUUACCUACAAACAAAAAAAAGAAGAGUAUAUAAUAAUUUUUAUGAUUGUAAUAUAUUGCUAUAUUAUAAAGUCUCCACUAUUAUAUACUUCAGU